AUGGACAUGAUUUUCUCCUGUCGCUACGGCCACCCGGAGUUCAUGUGCCUCGAGGUGCCGAAGGGACUGCUGAAAGAAGACGUCGGCGAUGUCGCCGCCUGGAUGCUCGAGAAGCUCAGGUGAUUAUUCUUGAUGAAUGGUUUUUAUUCAUUGACAUGAACGACUAGGUCGUGAGCAAGAAUUUUUGAAGCCAUAUCGGACAGCUAACUUUGAUGAAAAGGAAGUCCAAAGGUGUAGUUGAUCAAGUUGAAAGCAUGGUCUUCAUUUGCUUCGAUCUUCUACGUGUAGUUGAUCCAGUUACUCCUUGAGAACUUCAGAGUCCCCCGGAAUUUGUACCUGGAGCCCGGAGAUCGUACUUUGAUCGUUCUUUAAAGCAACCACUUUGAGAAAACAAUAAGAUUGAUGAGAUAAUCGCAAGUUAUUAAGGUUUUCGACUCAUUAUUCCAUUCCUUUUUACAUAUUACGUUUUUACUGAUAUGCGGUAGGUCAGUGAAUGCUGGUUAUGAACAAGGAAGAUAUUGAUAACACCUAACAAAAGAGUCUGACUGAUAAGGACGCAGAAUUGGCUUUAAACUCAAAAUCGCCGAUUAUUACUUAAAAAGGUAUCAUGAAAUUUCCAAAAAGUUUCAAGAAGGGCGCAAAAUUAUACGUUUUUUUGAGAGCUUCGUCCAAAUUCUCUUAAUUAGUGACGUACAUUUGAUAGCUAAAUUCGAUUUUUCAGUUUCAAAGGCAAAGUCGGGGGGUCAAAAGAGGUUCCCUUUUAGCUGCCUUUUUGCGCCAUUUCAUCGGCUAUUAUGCAUCAUUUUUGCUGCCCUUUUCCACCAUUUCUUGAGCCUUUAGGAUCCUAGAAAAAAUGGAAGCCUCGAUAAAGAAACUCCUUUUGCAGCCUUUUUGCAGCCCUUUUGCAGCCUUUUUGCAGCCCUUUUGCAGCCUUUCUGCGGCCUUUUUGUAGCCCUUUUGCAUCUAUUUUUUGCUGCCUUUUUGCUGCCUUCUUGCAGCCUUUUUGCAACCCUUUUUUGAGCCUCUCCCUUUUAAGGGCCAUUAUCCACCAUUCCGACUCUUCAGACAGCUUUCCUGAGUCUCUCGUGAAAACAUUGGCGUGCAAAUUUUUCCAUAGUUUACAUUGGAGCCCCACGUUCAAACAUCUGUUUCUAUACACAAACGUUGGACUUUUGCAACGAGAACUAAAAAGAAAAACUACACUGUGAGAAUAACCGAUGCUUUUUACCGCAAUCGGUAAUUUGUCGCGCACCUGUCGCUUUCGCUUCGGCUUCCAAAUGGCCGAAAAAUUCGCGCAAAAGACGACCUUGAGUCCAGGGAACCCGAUCGGCGAUAAUUCAAUUGUUUAUGCCAAUUGGACAAGAGAAAGUGAAUGUGAAAAACACGUGUGAGAAUGGCAAAUUUUUCAGGCUGAAAGUCGACUCGACUGCUCGAUUCGUCUACAGCUUUGAGGGGCCGAAAAAGCGGGGCAAUGAUUGGCUGCCAUUGACGGAACGAUACUUGGUGGUUCGUAUUAGUCAAUUUUUAAAAUCCAUACAUCAUCAAAAAAUCAUCAAAAUGUUUUAAUUCUCACACACAAGUACUAAAGCUCACGAAACAGAUAUAGGGAGAAUUCGGGAACAUAUGUGUCAUGAAAAUUGAAAAUAAAUGUAUUUUAAUUUUUUACUAGAACUUAAAAAUCUUUUUCAGUACAUUCUAAUUUGUAAGAGGAUAUUUGAAAAUUGAGUAUUUUUGGAGAAAAAAGUCAUAAAUUUUUCAAAGGAACUGAAAAAAAGCAAGUCGGAAGGGUCAAAAAGGCCUCAUUAAAUGUUCCUUUUGAGGCGACAAAGGUUCAUUUUUUGCUGCCUUUUUGCGCCAUUUCAUCGGCUCUUAUGCACCAUUUUUGCUGCUUCUUCUUUUUUCCACUAUUUCUUGAGCCUUUAAAAUUCCAGAAAAAAUCGAAGGCUCAAUAAAGGGAAUCUUUUUUCUGCCCUUUUGCUGCCUUUCUGCGGCCUUUUUGCGGCCUCUUCUCGGCCUUUUUGGGGCUUUUUUGAACCUCUUUCUUUCAGAGUUCAUUAUCCACCUUUGCCAGAGUUUUUUUUCUGAAGUUAAAGCUUCUAAUUCUCAUAAACUUUCUGAUAGAAAAUUUUCAUAGCACCUCAAAAUUAAAAUUCAGACGGUGCUGGAGCACGCGAGGAUCCUCUCCCGCAACUCCUGCUACAUUUUCUUCGACCAAGAGCCCAAGAACCGCUUCUGGCUGCUCUACUCGUACGGACCGACGUCGUCGUCGCCGCAGCUGACGCCGCCGCCGCUCGUCGGCUGCCGCGCCGAGUACAAGAAGCUCAUCGAAGGCUUCGACUUUUCCGCGUUCCUUGAGGUGCUGCUCAACAAGCAAGAGAUCACCAAGGUGCGGUGGUCAGAGCACUCAUCGUAGAUUAGAGAAAAAAAAGUUACAGUUGAAAGAAGGGCAUGAAACUCCGAGAUCCAAGUAUAGUUCUUUUUUUGAUGUCGUGAAAAAAAAACAAGAAAUAGUCUGAUUUCUAUGCGCUCUCUGAUCUAUUAGAAACGCUCUCCAUGAUUUUUGGCUUCUUCGGUGACAAGGAAGGUCACUUAACUAUGGAAUUUUCUCAAAAAUUGGUCCUUGAAGUACCAUAUGAAGAUCCUGAAAGUCUCAACCUGCCCAAAUUCCUAGUUUUUGAGAAAGAACACAUCAAACUCGAAGAAAACCUUCGAAAUCCGUAAAAAAUAGGCCUCAUUUCUCAAAAACCCAGGAGUUUUGCAGGCUGAAACUUCCAGGAUAGUUUUCUCGUACAUCAAAGAGCAUUUUGGCCGAUUUUCAAGCCAACCGAAAAGUGAAAUGACGUCCCUUGUGAGGGAAAGGGAGCGCGCACAGGUUUUUGAAACCCUGAAAUGACCACUUGCAAAGGCUCUCGUUUCAUAGUUUUUCAAUCGGAAACCUUAUAAGAAUCUUUUCAGGACCAAGCCAAAAAGGCUCUCCAGGCGGAGUUUUUGGCACAGAGAAAAGAUUCGGAACCCGACCUUUUCAACGGCAUUUCCGCCGAUCUUGACAACAAAGUCGAGAAAGGUCUUUCUAUCAGAGUAAGAAUAUCCCAUGGAACACUGGAGAAACUCUUCAAUUUUCCAGAGAAAAACGCCGGUUUUGUCACCGGCUGAAAGCGAGAGAAGACAAUCGUGCUGGCAGGAGAUGAUCCAUGACAUGCAGGCUCGUUAUGUCAGGGAGAGCGAGGUCCUCAGACAGGUCUGUCUGAUUUUUGAAAAGUGAAACUCAAAGAAAAAGUCUGAAUUUCAAAUUUCUGAAGGCCUUGUCUAGUCAUAGGGAUGCCAUAUGAUUUUUUAAACGGUUUCAGUUUUCCAAGGCUGUGAGAUUAGUUAAUUCUCCUCCAAAGCUUCUUUCCGAAUUGCAAGUAUCGGUUAGAAGCUAAUUUUUGUUUUAAAAUCCUUUCUUCAAAACUUAAAUUUUUCGUGUGUUACGACCUCCAUCUAGGCCAUCCUGGGAAAGUUUUUAGCGGCCACAAUAGUAGACAAACAUAUGGGGUUAUAAGUAAGUGGCCACUAUAGAGGUCUAAGUGCCACUAUGGCCUAGUAGUGGCCACUUUAGGGGUCAAUGGAUCAAUAUAACUGGACCAAUCUGUUUGUUUUAAAAUUAUCAGAGUUACUGGAAAGAAUACUGCAUGAAAAACUACUGAAGUGGCCACUAAAUAGAGCACCUCUAUAGUGGACACUAAAGCGAAAAACAGUGGCCACUUUAGAGGUGGAUUUAGUGGUCCCUUUAGUGUCCUCUCCAAGUAGUUUUUGGCGAGUGGCCACUAAAACUUUUCCCAGUGUAGCUCGAGUUUUUGACCAAUUUUAAGGAUUAAAAAAAAAUUCUGACUCCCUUCUGAGUUUUCACUAGUUCAGAGAAGUGAAAGGAUUGAUUAUUUAUGAAAAAAGAUGAAAAAUUCAAUUUAAUAGAUCAAUCACUCGUCUGUUCAGCAAAUUUGAGAGCCCAGUUUCAGAUGGAAGACAUGGGCAAGAGAAGGACGCCAACGACCGUUCCCACUCCAGUGGAAGAAGCGGAUUUCCCGAGGUCGGAUAACUUUUACGACGACGUCGUCGAGAGCGUGAUGCGAUAUGAGAGCGACCUGACGGUUCGGCGCGUCGACAAGGUUCGGCGGCCUAUCUUAUCUGCGCAUCCAAGGCCCUUUUUCUCUGUUACAGCAGCUCGAGCAGGUCGCGCUCACGCUCACGGAGGCCGAGAGCACCAGCAUCCGAGGCAAGGAGGCCUCCGUCGCUCAGCAGAUGGAGGACGAUGAGCAGGUCUGUUCCUCUUUUUGAGAAAGCAUCUUUGCUAAGAAGCUGGACUUUUUGAAAGAAGUCAGCAAGAAUGAUAGUUUAUUCAGUACCAUUUUAACGUUCAAAGGUUCAAAAUAAUGGAUAAAAAUUGAAAACUGACAAUUCUUAAACGAAUAACUAAAGCAUAAAAAUAACAAAAAGAGUUUAAGAUAAGAAGAGAUGAAAGGAUGAAGAUUUCUCAGAUGGUGAACGAGCUCGUCAAGAGAGUGAUGAGCCUGAAGUCGUCGCGCAGCCGCAACAUUCUCCGUACGGCCUUGCGACAGAUCAAAGCCAAGCGACGCAGUGAGAAGGACCGUCGCCGGGAAGCGAAACGCGAGAACAAGGAGACCAAUCUGGUCAACCUCUUGGCCAAAAUGACACUUGGCGAGGCGCCAGCCGAAGAGGAACCGACGAGACCGUGCUGCGGCUGCCCCACCGUCGACCCUCUGCGACGAAAGAAGAAUCCGCGAAAGGAGAAGCGCGAGUGUGUGCGUCGGAAGCAGAAGAUCGUGUUCGAUGAGGAAGAGGCCCUAGCUCGUUACCACAGAAGCCUGGCCUAUCGGAUCGGCUCAUAUCCCAGACCGGCGGAUGUCCCUGUACCGGCGCCGAAACCAGAAGUGAGCAGAGUAUACUCCGUAAGAAGAACUUUCGAGAAAAAGGCUAGUGAAAUUGGAAAAUUCGACACUUUUAUAGCUCAUUCCCGUAGCUUGAAACCUUGUUGGAUGAGUUUAAGAGAAUGCAAAAAAAAUUGACCCAGCUAGCGGUGAAGAAUUUGACAUGCUGGAAAAGUCGGUCGGUGGGUCGAUUUGGAAAACUAGGCCACGCCGUAAUUUUGCUCCAUGGAAAAUCGAAUUUCAGACUUUUUUCCCUUUUUCUAUUUUUUUUCCUUUCUUUUUAUCAGUUUUCUAGGAUAUGGGACACAUACUUCAAACUGAAAUGUUCCUUAUUUAUCAUUGUUUCCCUAGGUAAUGUUUUAUUUUUUGUUGGAGGUAAUUUUGUUUCUUGCUUUUUUUGUGUGUGUUUUACACAUUUUUCUCAUUUCGACCGAUUCCUUAUAAUUUUUUUAAUUUCACUCAUUCGGUUAUAUGAAGUUAUUUUUCGAUCCAAAAAAAUUAAUAAGAAUUUUCAACAAUUGAAUCAGUUUAUAAUUUUGAAUGUAGUAACCAUCUUAUUUUUACUCGCAAGAACGAUACAGUUAAAUGAAAAUAAGCGAAAACCUUUUUUUAGUAAAAUUAAAAAAAGUAAGAAAAAAAUUUAUGCCGUGUUCAAAGUAAUUUCCGCGAAAUGCAAAAUGAUCUCUGACUCUCCAAAAUUUAGUGAUCUUUUCCUUUCUCUAACGGGUAUUUUGCAUUUCGCGGAAAUUACUUUGAACACGGCAUUAUAAAAGAAAAAAAAAGAUUGAGAUUCUAAGUGUUCCAUAAAGCAAUAUUUCGGCGUGGCCUAGUUUUCCAAACUGACCGACCGAACCGACCAACUUUUCCAUAGAAAGUUGUAAUGACUCGAUUAUAUAUCAAAAAAAUUCCCUAAGAACCAAAAUUUUUCUAACUUGGGUAUUUUUUUCAGAAGCCGGUCGAACCUCCUCGAUCGAAUUUUGGAAAUUACAAUGCUCCGUCACAAAACGUCCCCGCCGACCAGAAGCCUCCAAGAAUUAUCCUGGUCGCCGUGAGUUUUCAUUCAAGAAAUCUUGCGAAAAAGGAUAUUUUUCUAGGAAUCGAAGACCAACACUUGCAUCCAAGGACAAGGCUCCCAAUGCUCGACCAAAUCGUUCAAGUUCUACAAUCCUGGAAACACGAAGCUCGACAAUAUCGACUUCAAAAUCGUCCAAGGAUCUUCGCAGACGUUCUUCAACUCGAGGUCGUUCAACAUCGAGCCCAAAGGAUACAAAGACGUUUCGUGAGUUAUUCAAGUAUAUUUUUCAUUCCGGGUGCACCCGAUUUUGCCAGUUUGGAUGUUAGCGUCAAAAAAGGGCCAAUUAAAUUCACGGUUCAAAUUUCUUGGCAUUUCAAGCCGAUCAAAUGGUUUUUAAAAUAAAUAACAUGUUCGGCUGCAGGAUCGUCGUGAUGACCUGGGGCCAGCACGACCCGAAGCGUUUCGUCCUUGCCCAGCUCGUCCACAAGGGCCAGCCCGUCUCCUCCGCGAUCGUCAUCGACUUUGAGCAACAGGGACCUCCGACCCCACCUCAGGUAUGAUCAUUUCAUGGGAAUUGGAUGGAAAAAAAAAAUUCAAAACGAACUUAACGUUUUAGAAAACACUUUUUUCAAGAUCCGGAUAAAGUUGGAAGGGUGAAUAAUAAAAAAGGGAAAAGCUCAAAAAAGGCAGCAAAAAUACUCCCUUUAUCGAGCCUUUCAUUUUUCCUGCGAUCAAGAAAUGGUAGGAAAAGAGAGAGGUAGCAAAAAUGGUGCAUAAAAGCCGAUGAAAUGGUUCAAAAAGGCAGCAAAAAAGGAGAUUUUGUCAGAUUAACAGAAAAAUUUUUAUGAAGCCUUUUCCACCCUUUACGACUUUGUCUGUUUUUCAAGCAAAAGUGCAUAUACGAAAUUUUUAAAAAGUGAAUAAAUCUAGUACUUUUUUGAUGUUUCACGACGACAUCAAAUCAACGCCACAUCCACCGCGAUUGCGGGAACUUAAAUGUGUUGUACGCAGUGCACGCGAUGCAUGAAAAGCGACGCGCAAAAAGCGAGAUUUUAUUUUAAAUAAAAUUGAUUUUCUGGCUAAUAUUCAUCCAGGAACAUCCUAAAAUGUUAAUAUUCUGAAAAAAAUUAAAUCUAGAAUUAAAAACAGAAAUAAUUCCUUUUUAAAACUAGUAUUUUAUUUCAAUCUCCAAAAAUUUCUUUCUGAUCUCUAAACACUGGUGAAAAAUCUCUAACUUACAAUAAAAAAACAAGAUACUUUUUAGAAAAAAACCUUAUUUAAUGAGAAACCGAUCGAAUAUCAAGAAAAAAACUAAUCGAAAAAAAUGGUCAAAAAAAUGCGUUUGAAUCCAAAAAUUAUCCAAAUAAAUUUUUAGAACUAUCAGCGCCCCAUCGAAACCAUCGUCAUUUCCGACGACGAAGAAGAAGUAAAAGUGAGAAUGCAUAUUCAAAUUAAUAAAAUAACUUUUUUCUAAUUCAAGGAGAAGAGAGUUCCCGACAUCCAUGCCGAGCAAAAAGGAUGAGGUAAAUUUAAAUUCAAAUACAGUUAAUAAUUUUUCCAGGACUCCCAAAAAGACUGCACUGCUGUAGCCCCUGAAGACGACGAAGAAGAUGAGGAAAAUGUUGAGGAGGUUGAUAGAAUUUAAAAAUAGUGAAAUUUACGAGUUUCGUGAUUUUUAGGACAACGAAAAUGCUGAAGAGGAAGAAGAAGAAGAGGAAGAAGCAGAAGAAAAAGUGGAAGAGGAAGAAGAAGAAGAAGAUGUCCAAGAGGUUUGAUAUGGGAACUUAUAUGGACAGAUCAAUUUUCAAUAUUAAGGACAACGAAAGCAUUUGCUCUACGCUUCCUCCCGAGGACGAGGAGGAAAGGAACAAACUCGAAGAGGUUCUAUCAGAAAAUGGGCAAACGUUCAAAAUUUAAUAUUCCAGGACAAUGAAAGCGUCUGCACUGCUAUCGCUCCGGAAGAAGACGAAAAUGUUAAUGAGGUAAAAUUUUUAGAAAAAUCAGACUUUAUAGUCAUUAUUUUAAGGACAACGAAAGCGUCUGCACCGCUAUCGCUCCGGAAGAAGACGGAGAAGAAAAUGCGAAUGAGGUAAAUUUUUUUACUGGAUUCUAAACCGUCUUGGACAACGUGAAACGGACGUGCUUCAGAACUUUCUGGCGUGAGACUAAGCCUAAGGCUUAAGCCGCCAAGCAGCGUCAGCACUCUUAAGUGAUCCCUAGAAUCGCCCGGAGCACGUCUGUUUAGCGUUACCGAUGCUUUAGGAAACAAUUAUUUCAAGGAAAGCUAAUGAAGAAAUUAAUUGAUUAUUUUCAAGGACAAUGAAAGCGUCUGCACUGCUAUCGCUCCGGAAGAAGAAGACGAUGAGAACGACUUUGUUCACUACGAAGAGGUACAGCUAAAACGAAUCAUCUUUUUGAUAUUUUCAAAAUGAAAAUUAAAUGAAAAAAAAAUUUUUUUCCUUACAGGUGGGGUUAGUUAAUCUACCUAGUGGUCUUUUUUUCCCUUCCUGCAACAUCACCAUACAAUCCCGAUGUUGCGAAAAAAAUAAAGAGAUUGAUUUUGAAAAUGUAUGAAUUUACAAGUUCGAAAAAGUUUUUCAUGUAGGUUUUUAGACCACAAUUUUUCAUCAAAGUUUCAAAUUUCGCUUUCCUCGCUCUCUAUGUAUUGCUCUUCAAGGCUAGAUAGACCCGAAAUCUUGGAAAUCCAAGGAAAUUCGACAAGAAGUUCUUUAUAAAAAGCCUACUAGGGCCGGCCAUAGGUUAAACUUUUGUGGACCUCAGAAGGAGCUUAAUGGUUCUGAUCGAAUGAAAGAAAGAAUUUUUUUCCUAGCUUCAGGAAAUGUCUUUUAAUAAUUUUAGUCGCUUUUCAGUACUUUUUCAUUGAAGAAUGUAAAAAAUCUGAAUUUAGAAAAAAAAAAAUCGAUUGAUGUUCCUUAGGAGCUUUUUCGUUUUAGCUUUGAAAAAAGAACUCAAACCAAAACUUUCUAUUUUGAGGACAACGAGAGCGUCUACACGGCAGAGACCCAGGAAGGAGAAGAAGAUGACCAAAGCGUCGAUGAGGUAUAACUUUCAGUGUGAAACCUUCCUGAUUCAAUUAUUUUCAGGACUUUGAAUACGUCGACGAGCCGCAAAUCUACGAUUUCGUUUGA